CUAUUUAACCAGUAGAGAGGUGAGGUAAGGACCUGCAGCUGGACUGGAUUAAUGGACCCGCCGAGAAAUGGUGAUCCCUUGCAGACACAGUGGAAGUUGAAGUGAAUGCUUGCAACUCCCGAAUCCCGAGGUCUUUGUCUUCAGUCCUUUGUUUUGGAGUGGUGGUGGACAGUGAGCGAAAGAGAGAGCGCGCUCUCCAAGCAGAUCGGAGUAGACACGCACGGACACACGUACAGAGCUUCAACUUCUCUCUCUCUCUGCCUCUCGCUUUCCAUUUCCCAGCUCAUACGCGCUCUCCUCCUUUCUUUCAGCUUCCUUGUCUAACCCGACAAAAACACCUCUCUCUCUCUCUCUCUCUCUCUCUCUCUCUCUCUCUGUGCUUGCUCAGAGUUCUUCACGAGUUUACUCGGCUUCAAAAGAUUGAAUCCGGUAUCAGAAAUCGUGUCGGCUUGUUUAUCGUGAGUGAAUAAAUGGAUCCGUCGGCGCUGAUUGACGAGGGAUCUUUUUCGAACGCCAAUGCUGCUUCUCACAACCUUAUGGAGAUCUGGCAGUUCCCAGCGACUGGCACUGGGGGCGCGGGGGAAUUCGGCGGUGGGUUGGGGCUGAGGAGGACGCCGUUCGGGGAUGUUAUGGGUGAGAAUCGGGACGCUUCAGGCAAUGAUCCAAUGAGUUUGGACCCCGUACCAAAUCAUGGCGGUGCGAGGAAGCGGCGUGAUUUUGAGAACGAUUCCGCCAAGGGCGUCUCCACCAGCAAUGAAAAUGUCGCGAAAGAAUGCGCCGGAAAGCGGCUCAAAAGAAGAUCGGGAAAUGGGGAUGAGAAUCCCGAGUCAAAAGCUGAAGCUCAACCCAGUUCAGGCAAGCGUGUGGAACAGAAUACUCGACCAACGUCAGAGCCGCCCAAGCAAGAUUAUAUCCACGUACGAGCGAGAAGGGGCCAAGCUACCGAUAGCCACAGUUUAGCAGAAAGGGUAACACCCGUUUAUUUAUAUGCUAGAAGGGAAAAGAUCGGCGAGAGGAUGACAAUUCUACAGGAUCUGGUCCCUGGUUGUAACAAGGUUAUUGGCAAGGCACUGGUCCUUGAUGAGAUAAUCAACUAUGUUCAGUCCCUACAGCAUCAGGUUGAGUUCUUGUCAAUGAAGCUUGAAGCGGUUAACUCAAGAAUGAACCCCAGUAUUGAAGUGUUUCCUUCUCAAAAUGCAACCCCAGGCUAUACGGAUCGAUAUUCAUGAAUCUGGUUUUCUGUAUAAUGUAUGUAUAUUUGAAAGCAAGCAUAGUCAAUCUCUGAACAAAGUGUUUGCUCGAGUGUGACACCAACACUAGGGUUCUUCCAUUGCCAAGAGCAUCCUUGGUCAUUUCAUUGUUACCAGCAGAACUGAUAAAAUGCCCAAAAUCAGUUAAAAGGGGUGAAGUGAAAGCAUGUAAAGGUCAGAGAUACAAUCCGAGUACAAAAUUUUAUGUCAUAUAUUUGGAAGUGGAGAAAUCAUCACAUUAGCGUACAUCUAUCUCCAACAGGGUAGAUGAACCAUUUAGACUGUUCAGUUAAUAAAUCAAAUAGUAUGCAGUUUGAAUUACUUCCUAA